AUGGCUGCAGGACACUAUGAGGGAGUGCAGUGGAUUUGUACGUCAAACACUUCUUGGCAAGGACCCAACAACGGAAUCACGAAUUUCGACAAUUUUGGCUUAGCUAUGUUAACUGUUUUUCAGUGCGUCUCACUUGAAGGCUGGACCGACGUCAUGUACUGGGUGAACGAUGCUGUUGGCCGAGAAUGGCCAUGGAUAUAUUUUGUUACACUGGUUAUCCUUGGCUCCUUCUUCGUGCUCAACUUAGUGCUUGGUGUUCUUUCCGGGUCGGGAUAUCUAGACUGGAUCAAUCAAGCUGAAGAUAUUGAGCCAGUUAAUGAUGAUGAGCAAGAAGAUGAGCAGCAGUUCAACGGUUAG